AUGUCGACAAGUAGUCCACCACCAGCCUUGAGCCAAGGGGUUGGCUAUGGCGUUGUCACUGGCCUGGGCGUCGCGUUCGCCAUUGGCAUGGUCAUUGUCACUCGGCUCUUGAAGAGACACUUCGGCGAGGACAAUGAAACGACCGAGACCUUCGCAGUAGCGAACCGUAAGGUCGGGACAGGCUUGACUGCAUCUGCGGUCAUUUCCUCUUGGAUGUAUUCGACUGCACUGCUGGGUGCGCCGUACCUCACAUACUGGUAUGGCAUCGCUCUGCCUCUCUGGUGGGCCAAUGGCCAAAGCACGAUGAUAUGUGUGUUUGCAUGGCUAGCAAUCGAGUCAAAGCGACGUAUACCGAACGCUCAUACGUUGCUCGAGUUGAUUAGAGCUCGCUAUGGCACUACUGCACACCUGAUUUGGAUCUUCAUGUGCACGAUCAACAAUCUACUCAUUUUCUCAAGUAUGCUUGUCGGCGCCUCCGCAGCAAUUACUGCUCUGACUGGUAUGAACAUCAUCGCGGCAACAUACCUGCUUCCGCUAGGCGUGGUCGUUUAUACUUACUUCGGUGGCAUCCGUGCUACGUUCUUGACCGACUACAUCCACACAUUCAUCAUCAUGAUCAUCCUCGUCUGGUUCACGAUCAAGAUCCUUGCAGUCAAAGAGAUUGGCUCCAUCGGUGCUCUACACGAUGCUCUCAAGCCACUGGGCGAUCAAUAUCCCGUGGAGGGAAAUUACAAGGGAUCGUACUUGACCAUGACGAGUAACGAGUCGGUGUACUUUGGUAUUAUACACGUGCUCACAAACUUCGGCGUCGUAUUCCUCGAUACAGGCUUCUGGCAGAAGGGCUUUGCAGCUGAGGUGGCCGCAGCCGUGCCUGGUUACAUUCUCGGUGGCAAUGCUUACUUUGCAGUGCCGUUCGCUUUUGGUACCAUUGCAGGUCUUGGUGCGUUGGUCGUGGAAGAGUCGCCUGUUUGGCCUACGUAUCCAAGGCGUAUGACAGCGGAAGAGGUGUCUAGUGGCCUUGUGUUGCCAUACUUGUCUCAAGCAAUAGCCGGCAGAGGCGGAGCGGCCGCUGUGGUGCUUAUCGUGUUCAUGGCUUGCACGAGUAUCACUUCGGCACAGCUCAUCGCGAUGAGCUCGAUCUUCUCGUUCGACGUGUACGGCACAUACAUCAACAAGCGCGCUACAAACAAGCAGCUCAUUCGAAUGUCGCACGUCGGCGUUGUGGGAGCUUGGCUUGUCGUCUCUUCGUUGGCUACAGGCUGGCACGAAGGCGGUGUUGACUUGAACUGGCUCCUGUACAUGCUUGGAAUAUUGAUAUGCCCAGGAUUGUUUCCAACAGCUUUUGCGCUCGUCUGGAAGCGGCAAAGCAAGAUCGCUGCUAUAGUGUCGCCAGUCGUCGGCAUGGCCUGCGGUAUCGCAGUCUGGAUCGGCGUCUCCGAAGCCCUCUACAACACAGCAACCAUCAAGUCCCUAGGAAAGACUUUCCCCUGCCUCUACGCCACCGUCGCCUCAACCUUCGUCCCGCUACCGCUUACAGUCGUCCUGUCAUACAUCUUCCCUGACAAGGACUUCGAAUGGGCGGAUCUGCUCUCCAUCGAACGCAUCGAAGAUGACGAACAUGGCAAGGUCUCGAGCAACGCGACACGCUUUGAUGCUGCGGCAUACUUUGCGCCUGACAAAGUUGCGUACAUGAAGCGCAUGUCGCGGAUCGCGUUCUACGUGGGUGUGUUUACGUUUCUGGCGCAGUGGGUUCUGUGGCCGCUGCCUAUGUACGGGGCGUAUUUUAUCUUCUCGAAAGGGCUAUUCAUCGCCUGGGUUGUGAUAGCUCUGAUAUGGCUGUGGCUCGCACUGUUCGUCUCAAACUUCCUGCCUUUGAUUGACGGUGGUGCGAGGAAGAUAUGGAUUGUCCUGACGGGCAGGACAGAGCUGCCGUCUGCGGUUGAUUCGCCGCAAGGCUCGACUGGGGUUGUGACUCCUGAACACACAGAGACGGAAACCAAGUUGGGGCAGCAGGCUGAGGUGGAAACAAAGGCGUACUGA